GAAAUUAGCAUUACGAGUACGACCAUUUCGUGCAAGAAAAACCCUUUGGUUCAUAUUCAUAGAUCAUAAUACAAUAAUUAAUUAGCUAUCUCUAUUUUAAUUAUUGAAUAUGCUAUGCUUUUGCUUCAAAGGCAUGUUUUUCAACAAUGUGAACUUCUCUCUUUUUUGCUUUUUCUUUAUAUCGUCAUUCUUGUCUUGUCCGUCACCAACCAAUCAUACACCUUUUGCCCAUUCACAUGUUCUUCUAUGAUUGGUUGUUUUCCAUCACAGUCAGUAGCUUUAUAAUCUCUUUGACGUACGUUUCAAUCUUCUUCUCUAAAUCCCGCCCUCGCGUUACACGCUCACACCUAAUUGUAAUAUACUACAAAGGAUAUAAAUAGUCAAUUUAUAUCCUCUCUAAACCUUUUCUUUCUUUCUCCAUAUUUGAUCGUAAAAAAGAUUAAUUCCUAAAUUCUUUGUUUUCUUAUUCACCAUUCUUUUUUAAAAAAGAAUCAUGGGCUUUUCUUACGCCGGCGCCGGAGUUAUCAUCGUCGGAGUUAUCUUGAAUGAUUUUAUCAGAGGGGUUCGUUCUUUUCUUGAUAUUCGUCGUUUGUUAGGUGUUUAUUCGUCGGCAUCUUCGGGGAGUACCAUCGCCGGUAUAAACAAGAUUCCGAUGGACGAUAUGCUUCCGGCGACAAAAUUCGAGGAGAUGUCAAGGGUUAAUCCGCCGGAGAGCUGCCGGAUAUGCCAAGAUGAGUUCGACGGCGGUGACGAAGUCCGUUGUUUGAGGAAUUGCGUACAUGUUUAUCACAAGACUUGUAUUGACCGUUGGAUCCAAGACGAUAUGAUGACGUGUCCUUUGUGUAGGACCCCGAUCGUCCCUGAUUUCUACUUUUUUCGUUUGUAAAUUAGAAAAGCUAAAUGUUUCAUUAAUCACAGAUCUUUUUUUCUUUU